AUGUCUCAGAGGAAGAUGCUGCAACUCUCAACGGGAGCUCCGUUUCUUCUCUUGCUCGGGUUUGGUGGACUGGUCCUUGGAGAGAUCAGCAACGACUUCUCCCAGUGCCUUGAUUUCUUCUACAAGAAAACUCCACCAAAGGGCAUCAGUGCAGCAGGAUACCAGCCAAUAUGCCAGCGCUACGAAAACCAGUACCACUUUGCCAGCCUGUAUCACCGUCAGCAUCGUGCACCAUUGUACUCUGCGUACUUACUCAGAAUUGCAGAUGGCAAACGGCCCAGGACUAGUUGGAAGUAUGAACCACAGUUGGUGUUUUCCCGUGCAAGCUCUGAGAUGACACCCUUCCCUACUACUGUGGACCAGAAUGUGAUCGAGAGCCAGGCGGUGGUUGAGGACUACAAGAACUCCAACUACACCAAAGGCCAUCUCAGUCCCAGCUUGCACAUGAAGACAAAAGAAGACCGCAAGUCCACCUUCACGCUGACAAACAUUGUCCCUCAGCGAGCAGGCUCCAACUCUGGCCCCUGGAAUGAUCUGGAGAACGAGGUUUUAAGAAAAUUCAAGGCCUACUGCAACGGGAAGAUGUACGUGAUCACCGGAGCCAUGCCUUAUAAGUCUGCACCACGCUGGAUCAAAAACAGGGUGUCUGUUCCUGAGUACAUGUGGUCUGCUUACUGCUGCCCGUCCUACAGUACCAGCCUUCCUGAGUCUGUGAAGCCCUUUUUCCCCACAUAUGCUGCUGUGGGAAGAAAUGAUCUUAACAGUGGAGAGGAGAUUGUGCCGGUUAAUGUCAAUGCGAGCGCCUCAGUGAGGGGCUACGAUGUGGGGCGGAUGUCUUUAGAGACUCUGGAGGGCAUCCUGGUAGAAAGGCUGGCCAUGCCUAUCAAUCUAUUUCAUGAGCAGUGUCAGUAG